AGGCGGUGGUGCGCUUUAACGACGUCAUCACUGAGCGACGCAUACAGCUGCAUCAUGGCGGAAUCAGAGUCUCAAAAGGUCAUCAAGUUAGUUCCAGAGUAUCUCCUGAAAAAGAGGAAAACCUAUCAGGCCAUCAAAGCUACACAGGCCAAGCUUGCUCUGCUUGAGAAAAGAAAGGUAUCAAAAGGUAAACCUAUAAAGUUCAAGCGAUUGGAGGAUUUCUUGGUUGAUAGCCACAAGAAGCACCGCGAUGAGACCCGCCUGCGCAGGGCCGAGUGCAGGCCGCCGCGUCCUCUGCCUCCUGCAAGAAACAAGCUGGCGUUCGCCUUUCGCAUCAGAGAGAUUAAAGGCGUCAGCCCCAAAGUGAUGAAGGUGAUCCAGAUGAUGAGGCUCAGGAAGAUUUUUAGUGGCAACUUUGUUAAAAUUAACAAGACCUCUAUCGCCAUGAUGAGGACGGUGGAGCCGUAUGUGGCGUGGGGGUUUCCCAACCUGAAGUCUGUUCGUGAGCUCAUUCUGAAGAGAGGUCAGACCAGAGUCAAACGGAGGAGAGUUCCCCUCACAGACAACAGCUUCAUCGAGCAGCACAUGAGUAAACAUGGCAUCAUCUGUUUGGAGGACCUGAUCCAUGAAAUCUUCUCGGUCGGCAAGAGCUUCGUGGCCGCCAACAGCUUUCUGUUGCCGUUCAGGCUCUCUGUACCUCGGCACGCUGCCAGAGACAAAGCUGGACUCCUGAAAGACCUGGGAGACCCUGGUUUCCGCGGUACAGAGAUCAACUCGAUCAUCAGACUGCUGAACUGAGCGAAGCCUCACAACAUGGACGCUGAGCUCCAACUUCAAGGACUAUUUGUUGGAGAACAACUGAAAGACGCAACAGAAUACAAUUUUUCUUUUUGAGGAAAUGUUAACUAGUUUUUUACCCAGUUUAAUUAAACUCCCAUCUGUCCCUGUCCUCUGCUUCCAGUUAAAGCAGUGGGACAUGACCUGUAGUGUCGUUGUGACGUAGACCCUCUGAACGUGUUCAUUAUACAAGCAGGUUGUCCCAGGAGUCGUACCUGCAGCGUGCACCAACACUAAAGUUGUUCUUGUACACGAGCCCACCAUAAACAGAUUUUACUGUUUGAACUUUGGUGGAACGGGGGGUCAGAAGUUCUUGAUUCAUAAAUGAUACGUUGUGUUAUAACUGAUGGGCAGACUAUUACAAAUGUUCUGAAAAGACUUGGAGACUUCAGUGAUGGAGACGUCUGGUGGACAUCACUGAAGCUCUGACCUUCAAUCCCAUGUCCGCAAAUAAACUGGGAGACUGGUCAGUCGUGUGCUUCAUUAAAUGACAUCUGUGUUGCACGUUAAAUGUUUUGUACUGUUC